GGUAUAAAAAUGAAUGAGAGAAGGGCAAUGUGUUAUUCAUAAUUCAUAUUUCUCCUAAAUCGCCGUUUCUACGGAGCUCGCCAAUAAUCUUCUUCGUUUCUCUGGAUUAGUCGUCGAAACUUGAAGAAAAAUGGGAGGUGGGAAGGAGAAGGACAGUGAUGAGAGAGGCCUGUUUUCACAUUUGGGGGCGUUUGCUGCAGGGCACCACUACCCUCAUAACCAUGGAUAUCCGCCACCGCCACCGCCCUAUCCCGGAGCUGGAUAUCCUCCUCCGGGAGGGUAUCCUCCGGCUGGAUAUCCCCCUCCCGGCGGAUAUCCUCCGGCUGGCUAUCAUCCUCACGGUGGACACCCACCUUCAGCGUAUCCCUAUCCUGGCGGAUACCCUCCCGCUGGCUACCCUGGCCCUCAUCAUCACCCAGGCCACGGACACGGCAUGGGGGCAAUGUUGGCUGGUGGAGCAGCUGCUGCAGCCGCUGCCUACGGUGCUCAUCAUCUAGUUCAUGCACGCCCAUUCGGAUUCGGUCACGGCAAGUUCAAACAUGGCAAGUUUAAGCAUGGGAAAUUUGGCAAGCGCUGGAAGCAUGGAGGCAAGUUCAUGAAAUUCAAGAGAUGGAAGUGAUGAAAUCGCUACCGAACACAUCGGAUUUAUAUAUAGUUAUCGUUACAGUGAGUUUUGAAUCUGAACCUAGCAAAAUAAGUUUGGUAUUUUAAUUUCCUUAUGCUUUGAUUCUCUCGGUUUCUUAUGUAAACAAUGCAACCUCAAACUCUGUUUUCGUUUUCUUUCUUUUCCUCAUUUAUAGAUGUGAUUAUAAUUUGAA